AUGGCCAAAUUAUAUUCAUACUAUGUAACGAAUGCACAUGAAGAAUUAAAUUAUGUCAAACAUGAAAUAAAUGAAGAUGAAUUCGAACAAACAAUGAAAAAUUAUACUUCUACUAUUAUAUCAGAUGACGAUAUGUUUGAUGAAAGUAUUGAAAGCAAGGAAGAAG